CCCUUACAAAAGUGUGAUGUUUACCUCCUCCGAUUGCUAUAUAAGCUGCGAUGGAGUGUUAGUUUUCCCGAAUUAUCGUAAAGGUGUAUUCAUUUUACCUUUGUGGUGCCGUAAGAAACUGAGUUAGCCGCUAACUUAGUUUCUUUUGGCAAUAAAAGGUUUUUUAUUGUGUAAUAAGGCUUUUUAUUUUGUAAUAAAGGUUUUUAUUCUGUGAAAAGAAGUUUCUGAAUAGAAAGAUAUACAUAAUUGUAUUGUUUUUAAACUUUGUGAUUAUUGUAAAGUAAUGAACUGUAACCUUUUUUUAUAUAUAUUUUGGAGCGAGACUCUUUUUGUGCACCUGACGAAGAAAUGAUCGAAACGUUGGGUAUAAAUACUUGGGUUUUUUUGACUCCAUAUACUUAUAUUUAAAUUUACACGAUGCUGCUUUAAGUUAAUUUACACGAUGCUGCUUUAUAUAUAUAUAUUAUAUUUUUGUUUUUAUGAAAAUUUGGGUCAGUCGGACCCAGUGGUACAGUACUGGAAUCGGGACACCUAACAUCGUGGAUCGCGUAUCAUUCGCGUUGCGCACGAUUCACAAUGUUUUUCCGAUAGUAAAAUUUUUUAGCAUUGUGAAAGUCGCAAUCCAACGUGAGGUUGACUUUCAUGAUGCAUUGUGACUUUCGCGAUCCAUAUCGCGGCCGUCAUGAUACAUCUUUAAACAUUAUAAAAAUCACGUAUUUAAUGUCAUAGAUAAUAGUGCAAUUAAAUAUGAAUAAUUGUUUUUUGGUUUUUUUAAAAUCAAAAAUAUUUUCGUUGUCAUAAGCUUUUUUCUUGUUUAGACUCUAACUUAUUUAGUUGUUCUACGGGUCCGCCGACCCUAACUUUCACGAUAAAAAAAAUAAUAAAAAUAUCAACAAACAAACAUUUUGUUAUCCCAUCUUGUAAAAAAAAAGAUUAUUAAUGUCGUAACGCCCUCAUUCGUUAUGAUUAAUGUAUGUUUAAAAUUACGCUGCUUGCUAAAAUUUUAAAUUUCUUAGUCAAUAUCAUUUAGGAAAAAUAAUUAAUAUUAUUAAAUCUUUUUCAAUGAUAUUAGAAAAAUAAUUAAAACAACGUAAAAUACGCAUGUCAUAACGCCCUCCUCCGUUAUGAAUAUAAAUAAAUAAUUUUAAUGCAGUGAAAGACUUUAAAUAUUGUCAACUAAACUAUAGUCCGUGAAACUUUUUUGCACUUAAAUUUUACAUUAAAAGAACACUUAACUUAUUUAUUAAAAUAGAUUAUGUGUUUUAUUGUUUUAAAUGGGAGAAUAAUAACUUGCUGUAUAAAUUUCAAAACAACGCAGGUAUAUUCUGUAUAACUUUCCAAACAGCACAAGAGUAAUUCUUGCUGUACAUCUUUCGAAACAACACAAAAAAACUUGCUGCAUAACUUUUGAAAACAAGUUUUUUAAAAUGCAAGUACUUUUAUCUUUUUACCUUAAGUACUAGUUACAUUUUUUUAGUGAGACAAAUUAUUAUUAUUUUUCCUUCACAACUAAAAAAUAUAAACUGCGUGCCUUAUACAAAAAUACAUAGAAAACGGUUGUCGUAACACCUCUGUUGUUAUUUUUUUUUUAAUAUUAUUUUUUUGUUGUUGUUCUGACCAUACAUUCUUAUCCCUCCAUGAACUUUCGUUAAAUCGGACAUUCUCUAAUUUAACAUUCGCUAUUACAAACAAAACAUACAUAGAAAAGUAUGCUUGUCGUAACACCCUCCUUCGUUGUUAUUUUUUGAUUUUUGUUGUUGUUCUGUCCAUUUAUACUUCUCACAAAAUUAUUUUUAUUUGGCCGACCGACAGACCGUAAACUGCUAUCUACUUCGCCCGUAGAACAAGUAAUUAAGUUGGAGUCAUUUUAUUUCUAAAAUCCAAUUUCUAAUAAAAAUACAAGAUGCAAAAGAAUUUUUAAAUGUAAAAAAACAAAAACAAAGACACAAGAUUAGCUGUACACAUCUAUUGUUUAAUAUUUUUAAUGUUCUUCACGAUCAAUCGCAACAAUCACGAUUAAUAGUGACGAUCGCGAUAGCAUCGUUAUUUUUUUAUACAUCGCGACUAUUGCGAAGCUCUCCGUUAACAUUUUUCUAUCGCGAUGGUCACGAUUGGAUCGUGGAUCGUUCGUGUCGCGCAUGAUAUGCUCUCAUGAUGUUAGGUGUCCUGAUUCCAGUACUGUAUACAUACAUUCAGAAAUGAUUUCUACGAAGAAAAAAUUUAACACAAAAGUUCAAACUUUUUGUGUGCGCAUUGAUAUUAUAACUAUUAUCUAUUGUGUGAUGUGAGUUUAUUGCAUAUGGAAAAUAAACAUUUUUUACCCGAACCAACUAGUUGUGACAGCAAAAUUUUGCCACUGUAAAUUUAGAAUACGACGACUCCUUAAUGGCAAAAACUGAAUGCCGUCAUUAAUUCAGAUGGCUGUAAGCUCCUGUGGAGGAGUUUUUAAAUGAUUCAAUUUUUGUGUACAGGUGAUGAGCAGUAUUACAUUUGUAUUAGAGAUAAUAGAACUUUUGUUUGCUAAUAACACAUUGAUAAGAAAAUAAGUUAAAGAAUUUGCUAUGCAAUAUUUAUGUUGAAUCUCCUUUUAAAUCUCCUUCUUGCCUUAAAUUACCCAAUAUUUGCAAGAAUUCUACCAACAGUAACAAACCUUUCCCUGAGGAUCUGAUGUAUUGCAAAACAGCAUAUUUUUCUGAUAAUAUUUCUCUUUGAAGAAACGUCUUUAUAAGCUUUCCGUAUGUUAUGGAAUGAUUCUCAAUUGGUUGCAACAUGUGAUUGAUUAAAAAACCAUUCUUGUUAAAUAGAUGGCAUGCAUGUUUUGCUUAUUUUCAUCAUGGUAGGUUAUAAUCCUGUAUGUUUGUCAUAAUAUCAGUUAGAAUUCUGUGUAGAUUAUUUGUAGAUGUAGAUUUUCAUUAAUAUUUUGUAGGAUAAUGCUAGCAAUUUUAAUGGUUUUUCGUAAUUUGGAUUAGGUGACAAUUGUUGGGAGUGGGGUAGGGGUGAAACAUUAACACAAAAUAUUAAUGUUUGGGAACAGGGGUCAUAAUUAAUUGAAAUUACAGAGAUAUUUUCUUAGUGUUUGACCUCUUUACAAUUAAGAGGGGAGAGUAUAUGGAUUUUUGCAUUUCACACCGUUUGGUUUUAUUUUCAAAUAAAAAUCUUUUGGGAAAACCGUAUGUAGAACAUCAAAUGAAUUUUCAUAUUCCAUGUCUUUAUAGCCAUUAUAUUACCUGUAAAAGCUUUACUUUAAUUUCUUACCGUUAUUUAGAAAUGUAUACUUAAAAUGGUUCGAACAUUUUUGUGCCAUCCUUUCAAAGAUCCAAAAGCGUUUACCGAUCAAUAUGAUCCCACGGCAAUCUGUUACACAGCUGACGAUCGAGUUAUUAUUGCCUCUGUCAAUGGAGUGUUUCACAUAUAUAAUUUGAAAAAUAUAAAUUGUCCAAAAUUACAGAGAUUUUCAAGUCUUGGUAUACCUUUGAAACUAUUGUUUUGUAAUAGCAAACAGUUUAUACUAUCUUUGGAAACACGGCUACAGGAGUAUAAAAGUGGUGUUUCGCCACUGAGUACAAGUUGUUAUGUUCGUGUUUAUUGGAAUUUUUCAUUAAGUGUUACAAAUAAAGUUUAUCCUACCGUAAUUUGUGGUUACUCAUCAAGCGUGAAAACAAAUAAUUGUAACAAAUAUUUAAAUAACAGUGUUGUUAUUGAUCUUAAUGUUGAUCAGCCAGCUUCAGAUGUUGCGUUGUGCCAAACUACUGAUAAUGUUGCUGUAUCGUCAGGAAGAAAAAUUUUUGUUUUCUCCUGCAAAAUAGUAAAGUUUUUUGUUUCCGAAGAAGAAAAAAAUUUAAUUGAUUUUUUUAAAAUAAUUGAAAUAGAUUGUUCUUUUUACAUACAUAACAUUGGCAUUAUGGGGAAUUGGAUUAGUCUAGCUUCACAAACAGAACUGAGAAUUUUGCAGGUUUUUUUAAGUCAACCAGAGGAUCAAAAUGUAUAUCAGGCAGAGGAUGUGUCCAAAUUUCUUGAGAGCUGUGUACUUAGUCCAACCAAAAAUACAUCUACUUGCAAAAAAGAGUAUCAGGCAACUAUUGGUCAGAGCCAGGUAACUGACUCAGUAAUUCUUGACAGAAACUUUGUUGUUUGGGAUUUUAGUCAAAGAAAAGAUACUUCAGUUGCCUCCUUUUCCACAGACAAAAGAUCUUUUCAGUAUAAAGCUCAAGAUCAGUUCGUAGUAGAUAGUGACAAUAGUUACAUUAAUUUGACCUCUAUAUCAGAAGAAACACCAUACAUUGAUAGAGAUACUGCUGCUAAAGAAAUUACAGGCCCCUUAGAAAAUGUUGUUGGUCAUCCACUACAUUGUUCAGUUGUGUUUAACACUAGUCACUUGGAAGCUAAUUGUCCACAGUUUUUUAAUGGAACAGUUUCAUGUGUAACAUUGUUGUAUCGCCGUUUCAAGCCAACUGAAAUGUCAAAUUCUGGCGAUAUUCGCGCUUUACAUAGCUUGCAAUGGCUGCCAGUUUUCGUUGAAGGUGAAAAUGCAACAAGUUCAACCUUUGAAAAUACAUCAUGGCCUUGGAACAUGUUUCAAUUACCAUCAACUGUGCCUCUGGUCACACUGGCAUUUUUCUUCUCAACUGGAAAGCAGGGAUAUCUUUAUGACUUUACUGGAAGUGUAAGUCAAGCUGCCACGUAUCACUACACAUCGGAUUGUUUCACAGCACUUCACACUUCAUCAAUGCUUUACACUGUUACUAAAAAUGGAUUAGAAACUUAUACAUCAAGACUUUACCCUUUGGCUGCUGCACAUUGUUUGGAAAUGUUUAAAGAAGUUGAUUUGUCAUCUACUUCUUUCCACCAACAACCAGCUCCAUACCACAAGAUUCGUACAGAAACACAACAGUUUGCAGAUGUGAACUAUUUUGGAAGUUAUGUAUCUGUUCAAGAGGAUGGUACAGUAAAAGCUGAUCAUGAAGCUAUGCAUCAAAAUCCAUGUAUUGUUUACUCACCUCAUGAUUUGGCGUUGACAUGCCCACCAAUUGAUCUUGAUGUGUGCUUAGUUGGUAUGUAUUUACUUCAAAACAUAGCUGUGGUUGGUUGCAGUGCAUCAUAUACUGGAAUUCUUGUGAAGGCUAAAUCAAAUAAGUAA